GCAACGGUCACUCUUAUUUCAUCAAACGAAACGGACGUGUUUCUGCAGACUAUUUACAUUACAAAAUUGUUUGUAACAGAUAGUGAGCCGUGUAUACAUAACGAGGUGAAGCAGACGAUGCACUAAUGUAAAGGCGCAGUGCCAGAGCAACUUUUUGGCGUGUUCCCCGCGUGGAACUGCAUUUUUUUUUGUUUCCUUCCUCAGUUUUGUGUGUGGAGUGCGAGCGAGAGAGCGUGCUAGCGAGCAGGAGCAGAACGAACAAAUUACCGUGAAAUUUUAGCACUAGCCGUACGUUAUUUUGUAUAUUUGUACGCAUGUACGUGUACGUGCCCCUCGUCCGUCUGCACAAAUGCAGAUGUGCAUGUGCAUCACAGUGAAUUGGAGUAUUUUUAUACAUGGAAUAUCUGAGCUAUUGUAGUAUUCCGGAUAGAGCCAACAACCACAAAGACGAGGAGUUUCCACGAGAAAUAGGAAAAAGGAACGGAGGAGCAAAUAAGCAGCAGCAGGAGGAGGCGUAGAGCUUGACCAGGUGUCAAGGGAAGCCGGAUAGGCUUAAAGGCAGGUCUACCUUAGGAACUAAGAAAUAGGAUAAAUCGAAUACCCUUAUAAUCAUCACAUCUACCAAUCGAAGCACAGGAAGCGAUCCUUCGAAGGUCCUCCUAUGUUCCCUCAACAGGGAGGGGGUGGGAAGGGAACCAGGCCACAGUCGACACAUCAGCAGAACCACAACCAUCAAGCCCAGCAUCACCAGGCGACGCACUCGCACCACCAUCACCUCCAGCAACAGCAGGAGCAGCAGCAGUCCCACGCAGUGUUCGUCCCGAACCACAGCGGCCUGCACCACCACCAGCAGCAGCACUUACUGCAACAGCAGCAGCAGCAACACCAACAACAAGCAGCCGUCGCCGCCGCUCAUCUUCAGCAACACAUCCAACAGCAACAACAGCAGCAGGUGCAAGCCCAGGCCCAGGCGCACCACCAGCCGGUCAUCUUCUACAAUACCCAGCCGUCCUACGCCGCGCAUUCCGCGGCGGUUAACAACAGUGCCAACGGCGGCGGCGCUACCCUCCAACUGAGCGCCGCCGCCAGUUCCAACACGUUGGGACAUCCUCUUACUGGUGGUCACCAUGGUGGAGCAAAUGGCGUGGCGCCGGGGUCAAACAUGCCUCGUGCCCUGAGCAACCCAACUCUACCACCCCACUUUCAACAAUCAGCUGGCCUGAUCGCACCUGCCGGCGGAAAUGCGGGUGGACCCUACAUUUCCGCCACCUAUAUACCAAUUAAUCAGACCGGACCUCUGAUGGGCAUGCAGCCAGCUGUGACCUUUCCCACUAACGGAGCGGCUGGAGCUUCAUUCUAUGCGGCUGCGCCACCUCCUCCACAACAGAAACAGCUUCCUCCCACUGCUCAACAACAAGGUCCAGGCGGGGCACCGGGAGCUGCUCAAACGCCGACACUAGCUUACUACCAACUUGGGCCGAACGCUCAAAACUCUGCUGGAAACAACGUGGUUAGUGGUGCCAAUACACAUCGCGGCAAUAUGCGCGGAGGGCAAAGAUCUACUCCCACCGCCCAACAUACCAACUACUUUACCGCAUAUACCAUGGCCCCAGGAAAUGCCCAACGUCCCGCUCCGACAAAUGUGGCUCCAAUGAUGAACUCGCGCAGCGGUGCACUGAACGGAGCUGCUGCUUUUCAUCAUCUGCCGCACAACUUUGGCAUUCCCAGUUUGGCAUUGGGACCGCCCGCCGGGAUGACGACCCCUAUUUUGGCUCCGGCUGGAAUGCAGGCGCCGCCACCCCAACCACCAGGCGGGCUGCACACAUUUGCUCCGCACUUGCAGAGCAACAGCGCCACCACCUUACCUAGUGUCCCAAGUGUGACUGGAGUUCCCGCGGUGGCCAGUGGUUUUUCAACCACCUCGCUUCCAACUCCGUCAGUAACAACAGCACCGCAACUGGGGGCCAACAGCGAUAAGGUAUGCAAGCGCAAAUACGCCAUUCCCAUCAUCCAUCCUGACACCAUGGAGAAUGUGAUGGAUGGAUGGAAAAGAUCGGUUUUUAUAAAAAAGGACUCAAACUCGACACUAACACAGCACACAGAUCUGGACACAGCUCUGGAUGACAAUAGUACCUUGUGCCUGUACCAGGCGCCCACUCUGAUGGACUCUGGCUCGGGGUCAUCGUUAUUGUCUGGCGCAAUGGUAGAUCAGCAGAUGCAGACUGUGAAGCCGGCGAGUUCCCUUAAGCAGUCCGUUUCCUUGGAAAAGGUGCCAGAAGCGGUGUACUGCAAAGACGCUGUCGGUCAGGACGUACACCCAUCGCCUCCACCCAAAUCAACGGAUAAAGAUCAGAUCAGCGUAAUUGUAAAAGACAUACUAGCCCACUCGGGCAACGCAGAAGACCAUCUAAGCUUCUGGCAAUAUAGUGACGUGGACAAUGUCACGGAGACCCACAAUAGCCUGCCGCUAGUACAGUCGGACUUGCCCGAUACAACCGAUACGUGCCAGCAGCCAGUGCUUUUCCAAGAGCAAGCCAAAAAGCAACGUCCCAAAUUGGCCAACAAACAAAGUACAGCUACGCCAGCAUCCAUAGCGAAUGACGUAGCUGAGGCAGCAGCCAGCGGUUGCCCAGGCGUCUCCAUCCUGUCCAGAGGCCAGUCGAUGGUAACACCAGCUGGCCCCUCGACACCCCCGCCACCUUCGCGUGUCGCCCAGCAGAAGUCGACCAAGUCGAUAGUUACCACAGCUGUAGCUGCGUCGGUUAAGCCAACAACGGGUUCACCCAACAGGAAGUCGAGUAUUCAAGCCGCCACCUCGACUACGACCAGUUCGGGUGCCUCUUCGUCGACAGCCUCAACACCGACCCACGCAUCUAGUAAGCUUAAACAGCAGCCUGUUAACAAUCUGCAGCAUGGAAAGCAGAUUCCAGGAAAAGUAUCAACUCCAGCAUUACCACCGACUGCUUCACGAAUCUCGGCCGCUGUUACCCUGCUUGCCGGCACCGCGAACAUAACAACCACUACCAACUCGUCCAAGAAACAACGGCAGGCCCAAAAACGGGCCAGGGAGCUGGAGAAGAAAAAACAGAAAUCCUCGAUAACAAGCACUACAAGCACUCAAGGGCAGAACAACAAUGGCAAGGGCAAUGGUAAUGGCAACGCCGCGCUAGAAAUUAACACAAAUAGCAACAAUGCUGCCACAGUGACCACAACAUCAAUGAGCACACUGACCACAACAACCACGGCAACAGCACCCACAACCAAACAAGAAACGGCGGCUGUCGAUGACAAGGAGACGGCGCAACCGACGACUGAUACGCUUAGUGCAACUAGUAAUAAUACUAAAGUAAGUUCUAUUCUAAGAGACAAAAAAACUAUGCUCAAUCCCAAGGAGCAAUUGACAAGCCACAACAACAACAACAAUAAUAAUAAUGAGGAUGGCAUCGAAGCGAAGGUGGAAAGCGAUCCUGAAUCUGACAUCAAAGACGACAGCAUGUCGAACAUUACCGGAGAGAAGUCGGAGAAGCAUUUAGCCAACGAAGAGAUUGUGGCCAAGUUCCUGCAGAAGGACAGCCCCGACACAUCCGUUGUGCACGCGGAGACGCAACAGCUUCAAUUCCUUAACAGUAGUAGCUCAGUUUGUGAGGAAGAUGAGCCAGUUCCGGUGAUCUCUGAAGGAGUGACCAAAACGGAGGAGAAUGCUGAGGCCGAAAUCAAGUUCGGUGAUUUUCAUGAGGAUCCACGCAACGACACAGGUUUCAUAUGCAGCUCCACAUGGUCAAGUUCGACGAUCAGUAAGGCGGCGGAGGACGACUCAUCGCAAAGCAGCAGGAGUGCAGAUAAUGUGGAUUGUGCUCCCAAGGUUGUCGAACAAAUUUCUGAAGAGAAGAGCGCAAGUAGCACGAAGAGCUCUCCGGUACAUAAGGCAACUGGCUCAGGACCGGGGUCCCCCAAAACAAAAGAGCUGAAGUCGAAGAGUCCCAGUCCGAUUCCAGUUCCUCAGGUUCCCAAAAACUAUCGCUACAGCAUUGAAACUUUACGUGAGCUUGCCAAGCGAAGAGACUCACGUAAGCCACCUAUGGUGCCCUGCCAGAAGGGCGACUGCAUCUCACAGCUGUUCGUAUCGCGCCAGCAGCAACCGCAGCAGCACCAUGGCCAGCACAUCCAGCAAUACCAGCAUAUGAGCUUUAACGAAUCAUUGGACUAUGUGCCCGGGAAGCGUGGUCGUGGUCACGGACCCAACAAGAAGCACCACGACCAACAUCAGCAAAUGGGCGGUUCCAGUGGUAUGGGCAGUGGAAGUGGCGGAGGAGGUGGAAUUUCGAACUCCAGUCAGCGGCACAUGGACAUUAUCCGCGUGCAGCUAUCUCUUAAGGAGGAGAUAAAGCUAUCCGAGUGCGAAAAUGCGUGGCAGCCAGGUACUCUGCGCCGCGUUUCAAUGGCCGGUGGUCAGGAUGAAGAUGACGAUGUCGAGGGAGUGCUGAAAAAGGUGCGCGGUAUUCUCAACAAACUGACGCCGGAUAACUUUGAGGUGCUGCUUAAGGAGAUGUCCAGUAUCAAGAUGGACAAUGAGGCUAAAAUGACAAAUGUCAUGCUGCUGAUCUUCGAGAAGACAAUUAGUGAACCGAACUUUGCACCCACAUAUGCCCGCUUCUGCAAGGUACUUUUCCACGAGAUCAAGGCCGAAAACAAGUCUCUUUUUACCAGCUCGUUGAUCACCCGCAUUCAGCAUGAAUUUGAAUCAAAUGUAAAUGAUGCCAACGCAAAGUCCAAGAAGCUGCAGCCAACAAUGGAGCGCAUUAACCAGUGCUCGGACCCAGCUAAAAAAGCCGAACUGCGCGCCGAAAUGGAGGAUCUGGAAUACCAGUUCAGACGACGUGCUUGGGGCACUGUUCGUUUCAUCGGCGAGCUUUUCAAGCUGCAGUCGCUGACCAACGAUCGAGUUCUUAAUUGCGUGGAGUCGUUACUCGAACACGGAUGUGAGGAGAAACUGGAGUAUAUGUGCAAGCUACUGACCACAGUGGGUCAUUUGUUGGAAUCUAGUCUGCCGGAGCACUACCAGCUGAGGGAUCGCAUUGAAAAGAUAUUCCGCCGCAUCCAGGACAUUAUAAACCGUUCCCGAGGUACAUCGCACCGCCAACAGGUCCACAUUAAGAUCAGCAGUCGAGUGCGGUUUAUGAUGCAAGAUGUGCUCGACCUGAGGCUACGCAACUGGGAUCAGCCAGCCACCCAUCAGUCAGGACAGCAGGGCGGACGCGGUCAACGACACAAGCAGCACGAUGACUCCAAGGAUCAGUCCCACAGCACCGGUGGUGGUCGUGGAGGGGGAAUGAAUCAGCACCAGCAGUCGUCGACUCAUCACCAGCACCAAAAGCAUAAUCAGCACGGUCACGAUGGCGGAAACUACUUCAUGCAGAAGAUGCCAAACAAACAGCAUCACGAAAAUCAGACCCUAAGCAUAGAUCCCAGCAAAUUGCGAUUUAGCAACAGUAGUGCCACCGACGAUUCAAUUGCUAAGCUAGGCAACUCUUCGCACUACCAGUGGCGCAAUGUCGGCAACCGUCCGGUCAGUUCAACGCAAGUAAAUGCAUCAAAUGCGCCUCCGCCUACAUCCUUGUUGAAACGGCCAGGGCAAAACUACAAAUUCUUGCCGUAUCAGCAGCCUUCGGCGGUUGCGGGCACUGCCAAUGCACCUGCUGGCGGUAACAAGAGCAAUGUGGAAGUAAAUGACGCAUUCGAUGGCAAGCAAUGUCAGGGGCUAAUUACAAAGCUAGUCGAGGAGGCUCUUAACACGCGCGAAUGGCAACCGGAGGUCCUAAGUAUAUGGCGUUCGCAUAGCGGCUCGCAACAGUCGAAGACUUUGUUCCAUUUACUCACGGACUAUUUGCACAAGUCUACGGUGAAGCGUCAGCACCGGCAAGCCUGCGGCAAUAUCUUUGCUUAUCUAAUGGACAAGGAUGCCGUGGAGAAGGAGAUUUUUGAAGAAGCCUACUCCCGGUUUGGCGACGAUUUUCCUGAUCUGCUGGUGGAUGUACCAAACGGCUGGGGCUAUGUAUUCGAGUUCCUGGGGCCCAUCAUUCACUCGGGCCAUUUGGACCUAAAAGAUGUUUGGCAGCGGCGCUGGCUUGAUGACUUUUUCUUUGCCGAGCGUUUUGUGUACGCCUUUGUUAGCUACUUUGUUCAGGAAUUCGGAGCCGCCUAUGCACGCAAGUUGUGGCACAACGAUUACAAGCUUGAUCGAGGCCAGCUUUUCUGGAGCGACGUGCGCAAGUAUCGGGAGUUUGUACAGUCGCACAGUUUUUACUUUCUGGACAACGGACCCGGACAAAAUCAAGGACAUGCCAAAGUUAAGGCGCCCACAACUCCACGUUCGCCGGUGGAACAUGUAGAGCGGAUUAGACACCUGUUAGCAAUAUCUUGCGACAUGGCCAUCGACUACAUAAACACUAACGUGGCCAUCAAUGACAAGUUUGUGAGGCAGCUCACUAGAUUCCUGUGCUGUGAUUUCGCCCUGACUGUGAUGACAAAUACCCACAACAACAUCAAAAGCGGCGGCAACUCUAAACCGCUGCAGCUGAACACCGAGAGCUUCCGUAGCUGUUGCACUCCACUACUGCGACUGUGUAUCGACGCCCAGGAGGCGCUGGAGAUUGCUUGCAUAGACGAGGCUGUGGACGCUCUGCAGCAACACUUUAUGACCGAGUACGAGGACGACAUGGCUGCCGGCGAAACAAUCUGCAGCACGUUCAGCGUUCUGUACGAGAGCGAGGUGAUACCCAAGGAGUCGUUCGACAAGUGGUAUAAGCUAGAGAUGGCACAUUCGAGAGCCUACCGUCGCCCAUUCAUUGACAAACUGCGGGGUUUCAUCGAGGAGAUGUAGCUGACAAAACAUUAACCAGCCCAUCGGAUUGCAGAGAAACAAAUAACCACAACGAAGCAAACAACCAACCACAAACUGAUCCAUACGGCAACAUCGUUUGAAACCAUUCCUUAGACUAGGCGCGGUCGUAGGUGUCGAAGUCAAAAACAAUACCCAAACGAUCAUUUUAAAAUUUCACAUGUCAAUCUUACAACACAUGGGGUGUCUCUCUAACACAUUUGUUUGUUAGAUACGAGGAAUAUAUCUGGCAAAAUUAAGAUUUGCAAACACAUAGUUUGCACGAUGACUAGAUCAGACGUGAUGAAAAUUUUUUGUUUUUAUACACAGAUUUCUUUGGGAACCUAAAACUUAUCCAUUUCAUUUGUAUCACAACACGUUCCUUAAAAAACUCUAAAGAUUAUUCCCUUUGUAUGACUUGGUCAUAAUUCAGAUAAACAUAUUUACACAUUACUCGUAUCAAAAGAAUAAAAAAAAAAAACAAAAAAAAAAUUGCAAAACUAUGUAAAACUGAACCUACGAUGCCGAAAAAUAUUUUGAAGAAAUCAAAUUCUGACAAUGCCUUACCCAAUGUGAACUGGGUAUAGAAAUAUAUUUAUGUAUAUUUACAUAUGGACUAUUAAUUUUUGUAAACUCACAGUAUUUCGUUAAACAUUAAAAUUAUUGCGGACUUCAUUUAUAGAACUAGGUGCGUAGCUUAGCAUACUUUUCUAGACUUUAAACAGAAUUUUGUUUAUUUUACCUUUCAGUACAAAGCAUUAUGAACUUCGUUUUGUUUGAUUUUUUAUAAAGAACUACCAACAUUGAUUUACCUAUUUUCUAUGCGAAUGGCUCAAAACAAAUACGAAAAUUACUCCUUUCCUAACAGAUCUGUAUUUCCAAUCUCAAUUCUGAGGCUUCUUGAUUGACUCAGAAAUUUCACGUAUAUUAAAUCAAAUAUAUAUAUAAAUAAAUUAAAACAAUAUUAAUUUAUAAAAAAUUAUACGUACGUAUACUAAAAAAAAUGUAAAUUAUAAAAUUCGUAAAGACAUGUAAAGUAUUUAGCACACAAAGCAUGAUUAUCCAAAGAUAAAUCUUAAAAUUAGCUGUAAAAAGAAAAAAAAUACAGUAAUAUUAAUUUCGAAAAUAUAUAAAACCCAAUAUAUAGCUAUUUAAACCAAAUUAAACAAAAAAAAAAAAUAAUCAAGCGUGGAAGCAAACACAAGGUAACGAGAGAAAAAGCAAAAACAAAGAGCUCUAAGCCGCCUUUAAUUAGUUAUUUUUAUAAAAUUGAACGAAAAACAUACAACUAAAUUGAAAAACAAAAGCAAAUCAAUCUCAUAAAUUUAUAUAUAAAAUAUUUAAAGCGAGGAAACUAACAAAUGUAGCAAAAAAAAAAAAAAAGAGUUGUACUAGACUCGAGAAUUUAUGUAUAAACUUUGGGUUUUUUUUUAUUUUUACACUACAAGUGACAAAAUAUGAAAUUGAAUUACGGCAAAAGCAAAGGAAAUUGUACGCAUAAGAAUUAGCAAAAGAAAAAAAACAAACAAUGAAAACCCAAUGCAAAAACACAGUUAAAUUAAAAUAGUUAAGAAUUGACAAAACAGAAGGAAAAAAAAAACAAGCAAAAGGAAAAGAAUCGCUUCUGCACUAACAAGCAAAUAUUUCUAAAGCCAAGCUAAACCAUUUAUAAGCUUAAAUCGAGCAGUGGGCGUGGCACUUUAACUAGUUUCGUAGCAACUUUCGGCAGGCAUUCCAAAUGCUUUCGGCCAACUUCUGGUAUUAAUUUAAACAAGGCAAAAUGGUGUCCUGCAUUUUUAGCAGUCGAAGAAGAAGAUUGAGCAAAGUAACAGCAGAAUCCGAGCGAGUAGAAUACAAUACCCGACAGAAGCACACACAUGCGGCACCCAGGGCAAAAUAGAGAGACAGGAAAAGGGGCGUUUAAAGCAAGAUUAAACAGAAACUGUAAACAGCAAAUAAUAAAAUCGAAAAGUAAAACUCCAAGUCGUUUCAAUGUGGGCACCAUCCCCAGG